AGAGCUUGAGAGCGAUUAUACGCGAAUUUUACAAGUGUAAAUCCUUUUAGGCACUCUAAUUUCCUGAUGUUUUUUGCGGUUGGGAUUUUAAUAUGGAGGAUAACAAGCAACAAACUCGUCGCAAACGCAUUUUUAUCAACGACGUAGACGGAUAUUCCUCCAAGCAUAUCGCGAAGGUUUUAGCGACUUCUGUAGCUGGAGAGAGUUCAGAGGACGCAGAGGCCGGGGAGACUAUAGUCUCCUCUUUAAGUGAACCAGAAUUCCAGGUAGUAGGAACUGUGUCUUCUUCCAGCAAAGAUGAUGAAGAGAGCUUUCUUCAUGAGAAAUACACGUCACCAACUCGAGAUGAGCUCCUGGAGCGCCUGCUGGAGUGUGAUGUGGUGGUGUAUAACAUCUCAGAAAGGGCUUUGAAACAGCACGUUGAGGAAGCAACAUGGGUACUCACAGCCCUUCGAGCUGAGAUGGAAAACUUUGAGUCUCAGAAACUGUUCAUCUUAGUCUCAACUGUGAUGACAUGGGCCUUGACCAAGCCGAAGAAUCCAGAUGAAACAGAUGUGUCAUUUACAGAGGAAGAAGGGUACAGAAGAAGACCUCACCCCAGCUUCAGAAACCACUAUCAGCUGGAGAAACUUGUGCUGAAACUGCAAGGAGGUAAAAAGUCUAAGCUUAGAGGCUACGUUGUGGCUUCAGGUCUUCAGUAUGGAAAAGGAGAGAACCUCUUUAAUUACUUUUUCAAGGUGUCCUGGUUGAUGCAGUUCCCAAAAGUCCCUCUUUUUGGACAGGGCAAAAAUUACAUCCCCACAAUUCAUGUAAACGACCUUGGAGGAGUGAUAAAAAGCAUCAUUGAAGCUAAGCCAAAGUUAAAGUCAAAGUACAUACUAGCUGUGGAUGAAUCCAAGAACACUUUGGAGGAAAUGGUAAAGAUGAUCAGCCAUAAACUUGGUCCAGGAAAAAUCAACAUACUACCUGAAGAAGAGGCCAUCACCAUGAAAGCUUUUCAGCCUGAAGAAUUACAAUUCCUAAGUGUCGACCUGCGUCUGGAAGCUUUUGUUAUAAAAGAGUCUUUAAAUCUCCACUGGACGUCUGAGGGCGGGAUGACUGAAAACAUUGAGAGCAUUGUAAAGGAAUACAAAGACACUAGGCAGCUACUUCCAAUCAGAAUCUUCCUGACUGGACCUCCAGCUGUGGGUAAAACCACUGUGGCAGAGAAGCUCAGCGGUCAUUACCAAAUCCACCACAUCAAGAUCAAAGAGGUCAUUGAGGAGAAGAUCACACAGCUGAAGGGGAUAGUUGAUGGAGAUGACACUGAACAGUCUGUCAGUGAAGAGGUGGCAGCUGCUGCACAGAGACAUCUGGAAACUUUUAACAAAAGCAUGGCAAUGAAUGAUGGUCGACUUGCUGAUCAUCUAGUCUUUGACAUUUUGCAAGAAAAGCUGCAUUCAAAACCAUGCAUGAACCAAGGAUUCAUUCUUGAUGGCUUCCCAAAGACUUAUGAGCAGGCGAAGCUGAUUUUCACUGAAGAUGUCUCCGAAAAUGAGGAUUCAACUCUCAAAAUGCCUGUUUACAACAAGAUGAUCACUCCAGAGCAUGUUUUUGCCCUAAAUGCCUCAGAUGAUUUCCUGAUAAACAGAGCUCAGGAGCUUCCAGAGAGAGUGGCAGAAGAAAUGUGCUACACCCAGGAGGAGUUUACAGCUCGCCUGGAGAGAUACAGAGAACGUUUUGCUGUUGAAGAAACCCUGCUGGACUACUUUGAUGAGGUCGAGAUUCAUCCAGAACACAUAGAGGUCACCACAGAUGAUCCUAAAUACACAGAUGUUAUGAAGAAGAUCACAGAGAUUGUGGGGGCUCCUAAGAAUUAUGGCCUGAGUCAAGAGGAGCAGGAGGAGGAGAAAAGAAUUAAAGAGGAGGAGAGGAGGCAGAAACUGGCUGCAGAGGUUGUUGAGAAGAAACGCAGGAAUGAAGCAGCUCUGGCUGCAAUGGCAGCUCAGUAUGAAGAGUGGCAGAAGAACUUGUCUGAGGUGAUGAGGCAAGAGCAGGAGCUGCUGGAAGCUCGCUGUCUCCCUUUGAGGAACUAUCUGAUGAAGUAUGUGAUGCCCUCGCUCACUGAGGCCAUGGUUGAGUGCAGUAAGAUCAAACCAGAAGACCCUGUUGACUUUUUGGCAGAAUAUCUUCUACAUAAAAAUGAUACCACGAAAUGAUACCUAUGUUUUAGAGGUUUUAACUGUUACCAAAGACCAAAAAAACACUGACACAACAAUACAGGAAAGACCUUUAUAGGUUGUACAGGCUGGUUAUUGAAUAGUCUAUUAAACUAAAGAUGUUGGAUGAGAGUGUUGCUUCCAUAUAAUGUGGACCUCUGUUGAGUGAGGUCAUUCACUUUUUAAAAGGCCACAUAUUAUGCAAAAUACACUUUUUCAGGCUUUUCUAACAAAAACAUGUGCCCCUGGCCUGCCCUCAAUCCCCCCAAGAAUCAGAA